GAUGAAUCCAUUCUUACAGACCACGGUUACAAUCAAGCUCCCAGCAGGAGCAUCCCUGGAGAGAAACAUUCAUUACAGACCCUCACCUUUAAGGAUUUACCGUGUCCUUCGCCACAACAUGGAUAUUCUUUUCGCCUCUUCCUCCCCCGUUUUAUGCCAGCACUCUGAAUAUAAUCUCACAACUCUCUGUCCUGGCAACCAAAAAGUAAACUCAACAACUCCUGCUCUGGUUAACCCACCAGGGUUUGGUAUGUCCUACUUCACCAUGACCCUCGGUGCCCUCUCAAACCUAACCGCUCUAGCAAUCCUAGCCCAUUCCUAUGCCUGCUUCCGCCGGCGGGCCAAAGCGCCGUUCCUCCUGCUGGCUUCAGCCCUGCUUCUGAGCGACCUGGCAGGUCACCUGAUCACAGGGUCUUUUGCACUUCACCUCCAUCUUGAAAGGGUGAAGCAUCACGGGGCGGCAGUAGCAGUGGAGCCUCCUCAGGUUUACUGCAAACUAUUUGGAGCAUGCAUGGUGUUUUUCGGCCUCUGCCCGCUGCUGCUGAGCAGUGCGAUGGCAGUGGAGCGCUGCAUAGGCAUCACGAAACCUCUCCUGCACCCCGCGGUUGUCACCAUGACACGCGUCCGCCUCACCGUGCUCCUGAUCGCCUCCACGGCUCUCACUUUGGCGGGACUCCCUCUGCUAAAAGUGGGCAACUACAAACCACAGUUUCCCGGCACCUGGUGUUUCUUACCUGUGAACGGUCCUCUUUCGGUCGCUGACGCCAACCUUGCUUUGGCUUUUUCCAUACUGGGGCUUGUAACAUUGAGCGUCUCAGUUGUGUCUAAUACUAUAAGCGGGCUGAAAUUGCUCCAGGCAAGGUUUAAGGACCGAUGUGUUAAGUUAAACGCUGCUCGGAAACAUGGAUCCUUCUCAUUUUCGUCUCUGCAUUCCCUGGAUGUGGAAAUGAUGACUCAGCUGGCCGGGAUAACCGUGGUCUCCUGCGUCUGCUGGAGUCCCUUUCUUAUUUACAUCCUCAUAUCCGUUGGCAGGUUUUAUAAAGGAAUCAGCAGACCGGUGCGUCAGUGUGAAAAGCUGUUCCUCUUGGCUCUGCGCUUGGCUAGCUGGAACCAGAUUCUGGAUCCGUGGGUUUACAUCCUCCUGCGGCGAGCGGUUCUGCGCAGAGUUCUUCGGCUUCUGCAGCCGGACAGAGCUGUGUUUACACAGAGCAGCUUCUACAGAGACUCGCACAGAAAGCAAAUGAGUUUACACUGAUUACAC